AUGGAAAAUCAAACUAAUAACGAUGUGCCUGCUGAUGCUCCACAUGCUUGUCCAGGUACUACUAGUACGCUUGCUGGGCGUGUAUCAGCCUGUGCUGGUUGCCCAAAUCAAUCAGUGUGUUCAUCGGGUGAGCCACGACGAAUCGAUCCAGCAAUUGUUGAAAUCGGUCAACGUUUAUCAUCAGUAAAAAAUAUUAUUCUUGUUUUGAGUGGAAAAGGUGGAGUUGGAAAAACAACCGUAGCAGUUAUAUUAGCUCGUGCAUUAGCACGAAAUCCUCAACUACGUAUUGCUCUUCUCGAUAUUGAUAUUUGUGGUCCUAGUGUACCAAGAGCACUCGGUGUUGAAAACGAACAAGUUCAUUCCAGUGGUUCCGGUUGGUCACCAGUUUAUGUCACUGAAAAUUUAUGUGCUAUGUCUGUUGGUUUCCUAUUGACAUCUCUCGAACAGGCUGUGAUAUGGAAAGGUCCACGUAAAGAUAAUAUGAUAAAACAAUUUUUAUUAGAUGUUGAUUGGGGUGAAGGUGAACUUGAUUAUUUAAUUGUUGAUACACCGCCAGGUACAUCGGAUGAACAUUUAUCUGUUGUUAAUUAUUUAAAAAAUGUUUCAUCAUUAUCUGGUUGUAUUCUUGUUACAACACCACAAGAAAUUUCUCUACAAGAUGUUCGAAAAGAAGUUUCGUUUGUUAAACAAGCCAAUAUUAAUGUACUUGGCAUUGUUGAAAAUAUGUCUAUAUUUAAAUGUGGAAAAUGUCAUAAAGAAAGCACAAUAUUUCCCAGGCAUGAUGGUUUAAGACAAUUGUGUGAAACAAAUAAUUAUGAAUUACUUUCAAGUAUUCCAAUUGAUCCAUAUAUAGCUAAAUGUUGUGAUGAUGGUGAAGAUUUAUUUGAACUUCAUUCUGAUUCAUCAACAGCAAAAGUUUAUUUAAAUUUAGCAGAAAAAAUCCAAGCAAAAUGUCAAUUAAAAAAAGAAUAA